AUGUCUUGCCAAGUUGUGACACUGUCAACUGCGUCCCACCAUACCAUCUUCCAGCCUUCCACAUCCUUGGCAUGGAAUGCAAAAGAUGCAUCAUUCGAAGGUUCCCUUUCGAAGAUCUCGCCCUUCCUGAUAAUGUGUCUCUAUCCCGAGUUGCGCGAUGCUAUCGGUGCCUCCAUGCUCUGGCUUGUCAAAGUCUCCCAGGAGGCCCAUAAGAUCCAGCUGGCGGGAAUUUAUCACUCCCGCUAUGCACUGUAUGAGGUGUCAACUGAUGUUCUGCGGCAUAUGCUACCCCCGGUGGAGGUUCUGCACUAUGCUGCCAAGUUUGCAGAUGCCUUCUCCGAGGUGCGAAUCAUUCUGGACCAGUUGGCGGACAAGCGCGAUGGGACGCGCGGCGUUUCGUUACCGGCGGCCGGGCCGUCUCGAACGGAGGACGACGGUGGCGCAUUCUCGGACAUGACUUUCAUCGUCCGAAAUCUGACAUCUUCGUGGCACUUGGACCAUGCUUUGCUUGCAUCCUUGGUUCGGCUUUGGCCUUCAGAAGGGCCCGUCGAAGCAGGCCAAUGCCACACGACCAUUGCCGACUUCGGAGCCGGAGGCGGACACUACUGCAACUUCCUGAAUAAGACCGGAGAAUAUUGCUGCCACGCCUUUGAUGGGUCUCCACGCGCAGCGUACUACACCAGCGGAUUGGUUCAAACCCAGAGGCUCGAUGAGCCCUUCGAUCUUGGAAGGCACUUCGACUGGGUGAUUUGCCUCGAGGUCAUGGAGCACAUUCCGGCUUCUCACGAGGCCAUUGCCCUUGCCAACCUAAGACGCCAUGCGACCAGGGGAAUGGUGUUGUCAUGGUCUCAGCAUGGAGGGGCGAACCAUGUCAACGCAAGGGACUGGACAAGUUCCCAGAAAGUCGUAGAGGCUGCCGGCUUCAAGCUGGAUGUUGAGUCCACUCGCACUCUGCGAACGCAGGUGGAGUGGCUCGAAGGAGCCGUGAACAUCUUCAAGGUAGCAGGUCUGGUUUUCGAGUUUUCCGACUUUGUGGUUGUGGCUCGUGCGUCUCCGUUUCAGUACACCGGUGAGCCCAGAGCAAUCAGUUUCCGGCUUGGCAAGCAGCAAGAUGAAACUUAG